GCUCUUAGCCCAUCAUGAACGAAGAGUUCCGUCGGCUCCUCGAAAUAGGCGCUCCUUUCAAGAGGAAUAGUUAUGGGGCGCCGGUUUUUCCUUUCGCUCGGCCUCCAAUAGUGGCAUGCUCGCCCAUCCAAUAAUGUGUAUUCCCAGACUGGUACUGAUGUUUCUUCAGAACUCCCCCGGGUUUUCUGUUCAAGCACUCGGCGACAUCUGUUACCAAUGCAGCACAUCGGCUUCGGAGGACAUAAUGAACCCGUUUUGCAAGCCGCCCAAGCCGGCUAACCAGGCCGAGCGGGUCAACCAGGCCAAGCGGGCCCAAAUAGUCCAAAGGUCAAACAGCCCCCCCUUCGCAAUCACCGUAUGCCAGAGAUGCCAGCUGCUGGUCUAAAAUGCGAACCUGUUCCUACUGCGAUGCUUCCAUUCGUCCAACUCUACUAGGAAUGGGUGUUGGAGAUACGCUUCAACAUCAUUAACCAACU